AUGACGAACAAGCACAGAGCCAAUAACUGGAUAGAUGGCCUUCGAGGAGUCGCAGCUCUGGUGGUCGUCACCUACCAUCUCUGCUCGUGCUUUGCAAACUGGCUCAACUCUCCCGCUAUGGAAGAGCACGGCUCAGUCCAUGUGUUCCAGUAUCCCUUCUUGCGCUUGAUCGUGGGAGGCCGCAGCUCAGUUGCGCUUUUCUUCCUGAUCACCGGAUAUGUCAACUCGUACGGCACACGCGAGAGAGUCCGUGACGGCGAUGCCGGUCUGGCACUUGUCGGGUUGUCAAAGACAACAUUCACCCGGACAGCUAAGCUGGUUCUUCCGACGAAUGUCGCAUUGAUCAUCGGCUGGGGCGUCUGCCAACUGAACGGGUACAGCGUGGCAGCACAGGUGGAUUCCUCUUGGAUCCGUGCCGGCGCCGUUGCUCCAGGCCCGACUCUUUGCUCGGCACUCUGGGCCCUGUUCAAGAACUUGACGGUGUUCUGGCACGGAGGAGUUGGGAUAUACGAUCAUACAUAUUGGACGAUCCCGUUCUUCGUGAAGGGCUCGAUGGUCGUGUACCUAACACUUCUGGGUACGGCAUACACACAGACGCGCUGGACAAAAUUGAUCUUGGCUUUCCUGUACAUCUUUGCGUGGUCAGGAGGUCAAUCUCUCGCCGAUAUAAACGUCUAUGCCGGCAUGCUUCUAGCCGAGCUAAGUGUCGAUUACGGCCCUCGCGCUACAUCAGUCAUCUCGCGCGCUUCCUCAAUCUCCAUGAUCAUCUUCGGUCUCUUUAUCGCCUCGUUCCCAGAUGAAAACGUUGACUGGAUGCCUUGGAGCCGCGCCAUUAACAACCUCGCCGUGCUGGUCGUACCCGCCGGCGGCGAAGUCAAUCGCUACGUGAUAUCCGUGGGCACCACCCUGUUCUCCUUUGGCGUCUUUUUCUCACAGGAUGCCCGACAAGUCCUCUCUCAUUCGAUCAUGAACUUCCUCGGCCGCAUCUCCUUCCCUAUAUACUUGAUCCACAAUACGCUGAUUCGCACGAUUCUCACCUGGCUGGUCUACCGUGACUCUGCCAUGAGAGAGGGCCUUCAUCCUGUGAAUGCCGAGGGGAAUCCUAAGUAUCUCAAAAGGGGAGGGAUACUCACUUUUAUUCUUGGCUUGUCGAUAUUCUACGCAGCUCUGUUUUACACCUCUUAUCUGUGGACGAUUUAUGUCGACCCGCCUUGUGGUAGGUUGGUUGCUUGGAUGUCGGAAAAAGCGUUUGGGGAGACUGAGGGGGCUGGAAUAGCUGUGAAGGAAGAGGCGUUGAAGGGUGCUCUCCUGACUUGA